CGAAUGCAUAGCGGUACGACUUGAUGAUAAACAGCGCCAUCUAGCGGUUAAAUAAUUGUAACAGCGUGGGAACAACGAAUUUAGUGAUCAUGGAUGCCAGACCAAACCAGACAAUAUACAUUAACAAUUUGAAUGAAAAAGUGAAGAAAGAUGAACUUAAGAAGUCACUGUACGCAAUCUUCUCCCAGUUCGGCCAGAUCCUGGAUAUUGUUGCCAUGAAAACUUUGAAGAUGAGGGGACAAGCUUUUGUGAUAUUCAAGGACAUAAACAGUGCCAAUAGUGCACUUCGAUCAAUGCAGGGUUUCCCAUUUUAUGAAAAACCAAUGAGAAUACAGUAUUCAAAGAAAGAUUCAGACAUAAUUGCCAAAAUGAAAGGAACAUUUGUGGAAAGACCAAAAAGACCUAAGGAACAUGAACCAGAGAGCAAGAAGAAAAAGAAGGCUAAUAGACAAGCAGCUGCUACAACUGCUGGAAUUGCACCCCCAGCUCAGCCAGCUAUGGCCGCCGCCCCUCCCGCUCAGCCCGCUGCUCCCACUGCUAUCCCAGAACAACCCCCCAAUCAAAUCCUCUUUCUCACCAAUUUACCCGAGGAGACUAACGAAAUGAUGUUGUCCAUGUUGUUUAAUCAAUUCCCUGGAUUUAAGGAAGUUCGUCUUGUGCCGGGUCGUCAUGACAUCGCUUUUGUCGAGUUCGAGAAUGAGGUUCAGUCAGGUGCUGCAAAAGACGCGCUGCAGGGAUUCAAAAUCACUCCAAGCAAUGCCAUGAAGAUCUCCUAUGCAAAAAAGUAGAACUGUUGCUUGUCUGUUGCAUAAUCCUUGAUCAUGUAAUCAUGUCAUUUAGGACCAUUUUCUGUUCAUUUUCAUUGACUCUAGUUGCUGACAUUGCACUUUUGUCAGAUUUAGCACAAUAAGAGUUCCAUUUUUGGAUGGUGGCAGUUAUUUUUUUAUAUUAGCAUCAUGGUUUAAUUACUUGUUAAUGAGUAGUUCUUUUAUGACAAAGUUAAGUCUCUACUACUUGUCACUAUCCAGAAAUGGGGCUCGCUCACCAACAUUGCACCUCAGUUGAUUCAUUCCAGACAUUGCACCUCGAGUUUGGAAUGAAAUGUCAACACUGCACUGAGGUUGGUAAAGUUGUUAAGUAUAUGUUAAACUGAAUAAAAAAAUCAAAACAAGA